AUGAGCGAAAAACGAUACAAAUUCCUUGUAAGUCCUAAAAUUGGAAGACAAAAUUGGAUAUUAUGGGGAAACCCCAAUAUUCGCUGCAACAAAACAAUUACCUUUAAAAAUAGUUACUUAUCUCUUCCUCAUUGCAGUGUUUUUGAAUAUUGCACAUGCGAAGAUCCAGCUGACGACAUCGAUCGGCACUUUAACCUGAGACCGGUCACAUCCGAUGUGGCCAACAAUAAAAUCGUCACGGGAGUAAAAAUUGUCAAGGAUCAAAACUUGUUCCACAUUCAAAUCAAACAGGGCGAGCUGAGCAAUGGUUUCGUGAACACGAGUUCCAUAGCUUGGAAGCCUCUCGAAAAGUAUAGCCCUUUGGAUAUCGGCUACGAAAGGGGUGUCGAUUUCUAUACGGUCGAAAGCCGCAGCAAAACCGUCUGUCUUGAUGACCUGGAUGCCAACAAAUCAGCCAACAAGUCGAACUACCUUCUUACUGGUUUAAGGUUUGCCGUUGGUCCGCGAACGGUGUUUUUAAGAGGCAAAUUUAAUUGGGACCUGGAGAGAUACCUGAAGUUAGAGAUUCAGCUUACACCCUACGAUCCUGAAACCGGAUAUCUCAUCGCCGAAAAUUCUACGUGGAUUAGUAAUAUUAACAAGCCAGCAAAAUAUUCAAACGGUCCCUUCGAUUGGAUGGACGCUGAAUAUGAUAACUAUUAUAUAACUAACCGAUGUAUAAGAAUAUCAAGGUCAGAAGACAGUUUAGACUUCGGCCAAGCCACUGUUCCCUUGAUUGACAUUCAAGAAAUUACGACUGAUCCUGUUAUUCCUUUGUCAGGUGCCGGCUUAUAUUAUAAGUCAAAACAAUUGUAUUCUCAUAAUGAUGUAAAAUAUGAAUUACUUCGAUACGGCGGUUAUUUUGGUCUGAGGCUCUUUACUCACGACAUUUCAGAGAUUUAUACGUAAACUAUACUAAUAUAAAAAUUGAAAGCUUCUUAUUGCUAAUCCCGAAACUAAUUUUUAGUUACCACAUUUCAAAAAUUAUAAAAAUAUUAUUAAUUAUUGUAUUUGGUUUAAAUAAACGCAAGCAGGGCAUUUAGUUGCCCUUCUUUUUAUAAAUAUCUAUGGCUGUGAUAAGUUUCGAAUAAAAAUAUUAACGCAAUAAUAAAUGGCAUUUGAACGAAAAUUGGCACAGUGAUAGAUGUUUAUAAAAGGAAGGGCAACUAACUCUUGGUUUAUCAUAA